AUGUUAAUCUUUGAUGUUCUUAAGCCUCAUUUUAAAUCUUUAAACAACACAAAGCUCACAUCAUUAGCAAAGGCUGAAGCUAUUACUUGUGUAGCGUAUGGUUUAAGAGCAUCUCAUCUUAUUGAUAUUGCUUAUAUUGAUCAAGAUAAAGCAAAUCAACUUUUGAGAGCACUGAGAAAAUUACCAGAAUGUCGUUCACUUGUCCUUUUACAGUUUAAAGAUCGAUUCACUUUUAUUUGUCAUUCGGAACGACUAUCUCAGCAUAUCAAAACUACUCUGAAACAACCUGACCAAUUUACGUUUGUUGCAGUGGAAGGCAAGGAGCCCCGACCUAUUGAAUUUCCUAACGGUCUUGUCGCAUGGAUCAAGAAAUUGCAGCUGUCAAAACACACGUAUUAUUCACCUAUUGUACCUACAUGUAUGGUUGCAUUGACAGGCUGGUUACUCGACUACCCCGUUAUUUAUACCACACAUUUGGAUACAGAUAGCUCAGAAGACGAAUUAGAUGAAUGGGAGACAAGAACCAAUUGUCUUGGCGGUCAGACAUUAAAUUUAGUCCAAGUCUUUUUGACCAGUCAAGAUGAUUCACAUAUGCUUUUGAGUUUUAGUUACACGCCAGGAGUCCAGCCUCUAAUAGAGCCAUUCAAGCUCAAAAUGGAACAGCGAUUGGUGGAUGCUCAGGCACGAUCUGAUUGGCUAAUACAUUACCAUAUCAAUAUGACAUUGGGACAUAUGAAAUUGGAUCGAUUUGCUCUUUAA